UUACGCCAAAUCUUAUUCCCUGCCCCAUUCUCGACGCUCAUAUCCCCAUACAUAUCCUGUAGCCAUCUUCAUAUCCUAUACUCGCACGCUGCCAUGCCGUACCUCGACCUCAGAGAGCUCAACGCCCUCACACAGCUCGCGAACAGGGGCGGCCUCGGCUCAGCCAUCGCUCUCACAGACUGUGUGGCCGAAGAGCCUGACCAGCUGAUGUACAUCCAGAAUGACCACCUUAUCAUCCUUCGUGACCUAGGCGAUGUAUUGAUCGCGUCGUGCGAGGGCGUCGUCGGAUGGGUUCGAAGGGAAAACCUACGAUUCGUCACCCUGGCUAGUGGCAGUGCGAAUGUCAGCCCCGUCCUCGACAAGCCACAAGGAGAGUCUCUCCCAAUCACGGUCCUCACGGCACCAUCACCUCCACCGCCGACUUCCCCUCCCCAGGGAAUCAAGCCUGAACAGAAUGAUGCGCUCGACACGCCGUUGAUCGAAUUCAAGCGUAAUUCUGAUCCUUUUGAGCUCGAGUCAGAGUAUCCUCAGAUAUCUCCUGCGCUAUCUUUGUCAUCGCCCGGGUCGAGCUCUCCAAGAUCAGACAGUUUCUUCCCUCCCCCUCGACCUCCCAAGUCGCGUUAUCGGCAAUCCCCGUCUUCGUCUGUCAAUGGUAAGGCGGGAGAUGGGGGCAAGGAAGAUAGGGAAAGGAAAGACUCGGGCACGAGCAACGAAGAUGUAGGAGGUAUUGGAGGGUCCAUGAUGGAUAUCCCCACUCGCCAGCCUUCGCCUGACCUGCUCUCGCCUUCGCUGCCCCCUGACCGAGAAGAGAGCGAGUAUGACUCUGACCGAUCAUGGGAUAUCUAUGGUGACUAUGCUCGUGAGAGUAUGUACGGUCCUUUGAUGAAAAUUGGUGAGCGAUCGCCCAGCUCGGCCAGGGGAGGUGGAUCGCCUCUGCACCGGACCGCAGGAUGGAGCAGUGAGGGCGAGGUGGAUGACGAGAAUAUAAAGGAAAAAGUAGUAGAUGCUUUGAGGAGCGCGCAAGCUGUAAUCGCCCCGGAAGAGGUCCAAAAAGCAAAGGAGCUCAAGGUUGACGAAAUGACACCAAGAGGCCCCGAUUACCCCUCGCCUAUCACUCCAUCUGCACUCAACGUCUUUGAAGACACACCCAAAAACCCGGUGGUAGAGUCUCAGGCUUCAGAAGGAACAUCCUCUGGGGAGGCAGCCCAAGCACCGGUGACUGCGGAACCCAUUGAGAUGGUGAAAACAUCCAGUAAAUGUAGUUCCACCAAUUCUUGCUCCGUGGUCACUCCUGUUUCUGAAAACGAUGAUCCUCAUUCGUCUGUCCACCGCGACACCAAGCCAAUCCCUACUCCUGCUUUUAUCCCUCCUCGUCACCCCAAUUUUUCCCCCAGCCCCUCUCUGUCCCAAUCUCCCUUCCCCUCACCUUCUCUAAACUCUCCUUGGAUGCCCGGUUCUCCUUCAUCACCGCAUAGCAUCACCGCGACACGUAGUGCUGUAGAAGCAUCUCGUGAACGUCAGCAGGAGGGUCGCAAGUCGAAGGGAUUAACGCUGGUGGGUAGGAUGAAUGGCGAUUUGAGUUCUGCCCAUGGUCCAGUGCCAAUCACAUUCUUGAUCAACAAGGAUGGAAUCCCCACCGCAGUCCCUAUGCCCCACGGCGUCCAAUCAACAGGGGCUCCAGGGGUCGGUCUUGGUUUUCCCCUUCCCAAUCAGGAAAAAAGGGUGAUUUCUCCGCUGGCUUCGCCCGUGAAUCUUGAAACUCCUGCUAUGCCCGCGCACAUCCAUCCCCCUGCACCUGGUAGGAGCUUCACAGAGCCUACAGCACGUACGACAUCCCCUACAACAAUAAGUUCUUCUCUCUCGGGGCAUGAUACCGUUCAGGAUGAGAUACCUAUACCUUCAAUGCGACCCAGAUCGAGGAGUUUCUCAUCUUCUGUCGCGAAAACGCUAGGCGUCGGGCGCAAGUCGUCUACACCGUCGGCGCUGUCCAUCAAUACCUCCAACAGCCAAGGAUCAUCGAGUCCAUCGCCUAACCUGCAGCAAUCUAACCACCGAAAGCUGUUCAAAUCAUCUUUCGGACCAUCUACCACGUCGCUCUCUCCCCAAUCCCCUCAUUCUCCCGGUAUGUCAGUCCUUUCCAGGGGAAACAGUACCAAGCAUUCUGUCGUCUCCCCUAUUCAACCGCCCGCUUCCUCCCAAUCAGCCACUUUCCCUAUCUCCUCUAAAUCUUCCAAAUCUUCCAGACCCACAAAGAAAAUGAGCUCAAGAACGCUCCCAAGUCCGGUCAGCCAUAAGGACUUUGCAGAAGAGACGGUCAAAGCGGAUGGGAUGGAUUUCCAACUCAUUCAUCCUCAAAAAUCAUCAUUUUCACCGACUGGCUCGCCUAAUCUUGAUACUAUCUACAGGAUUAGCAGCUCCGAGUUUCAAGGGCAAAGGAAUGCGCCAAAGGGGGCGGUGGAAGAUUUGAAGAGAAGGCCGACGAUGUGUAGUGUGAGCUCGAGUUCGGCUUAUUCGUCGAGAGCCUUGUAUGAUACGGAUGAAUGGGGAUUCUUGAAGGAGAAGAGUCCGACUCCAGAGAUUUUCCAGUCGAGAAGCGCGCCGGGCAAUCAUCGUGCUAUCGAAAGCAAAUGGCUGUCAAUAACAUCCUCCCCUCUUCCUGCAAACGGCCCACCUAAAAAGGUUCGGAAACUUGUAUUGGAAGCUGGUAUCCCCAAUUCUUUGAGAGGUAAGGUUUGGGCGUGGUUCAUGGCGAAAGCGCUAUUAGCGAGGGUGCCGGGAUUGUAUCAUGAGUUGUUGGAGCAUGAUAAGAGGCCAGAGGAUGAACGAAUUGAGCAGGAUGUCUUGGCAGCCUAUCCGGACCACUCUAUAUUCGCCGAAUCCAAUUGUCCGGGACAGCAAGACCUCCGCUACAUCCUCCGCGCAUACUCGCAUUUCGCGCCCGACGGAUAUCGUCCCGAGAUGGCAUUGAUUGCGGGGGCGCUCCUCAUCCACUGUGUUGCUGAGGACUCGUUCUGGCUUUUGAGCGGGCUGGUGAACAGUGUGUUGAAGGACUUUUAUGGGAAAGAAAAAGUUGGCUUGAAGAUUGAGGCUGGGGUAUUUGAAAAGCUGUUGAGCUCGGCGGAGCCAAAGUUGGCAAAAUUGUUCAAGGAGAUUGGGUUGCAACCGGUUGAGUUCCUUGGGAAGUGGUUUGGACAAUUGUUCAUCAGAUGCUUACCUUGGCCUACUGCCCUCCGUGUAAUUGACGCGGUGGUAUGUGAAGGUACCCGCUUCCUCCUCGUCGCAUCACUAGCCGUUCUUUCUCUUUCUCGAGAUCGUCUCCUCCGCCUGCCACCAAAUCACGAUAUCAUCCUCAAUUACCUUCACAACCUCCCUCAGGACAGUUUGCUGCUCCCUGCGCACUUUAUGAAGGCAUGUGAAGAAAUCAAGUUUGAAGAAAAGGAAUAUAGAAAGAUCAGAAAUGCGAUGGAGAAGGACCAUGUGCCGCUUGCGUGGAUGAAGGAAGCAUAGAAGAUGUAAUUGCUUAACACGGACAAUAUAUUUGUUUAUUUUAUUCAGUUGGGAGAGCUAGAAGAUAUAUAAUUAUACAUGUG